CUGGUUUCAUUAGAGGACUGUGCCUUCAACAGUACAGUAAGAACCUGCGGUGGAAAUACACUGUACAUUUUGUCUCAGACACAUUUAUCCACUGAGGAUCGAUUGCCGGGGAAAAGCCUUUCUGUAAAGACUGCAGCAGACACUGGAGGCAAAAUAUUUCUACACGAUCUGAAGAACACGAUUAUUGGCUGAGGGACAACCAGCAGAUCUGAACAUCCUCAUGUUUGCUCAACCUGAUGACCAGGCGAUGUGGCCCUGAUCUCUGUUGCUCUUGCAUAGCUUAUUGUUAAGCAAGAUGUCAACUACAAUGGAAAAUGGGAUGGGAGGGUCCUGGAACACGAGCAGAGAGAAAACGUACAAGAAGACGACGUCAUCAGCCCUGAAGGGGUCCAUUCAGCUGGGUAUCGGCUACACUGUGGGCAACCUGACGUCCAAACCUGACAGAGAUGUCCUCAUGCAAGACUUCUACGUGGUGGAGAGUGUCUUUCUACCCAGUGAGGGGAGCAACUUGACGCCAGCACAUCACUACCCAGACUUCCGCUUCAAGACCUACGCCCCGCUGGCCUUCCGCUACUUCAGGGACCUGUUCGGCAUCAAACCAGAUGACUACCUGUAUUCCCUGGUGAACGAGCCUCUGAUCGAGCUGUCCAACCCAGGGGCCAGCGGCUCUCUCUUCUACCUGACCAGUGAUGAUGAGUUCAUCAUUAAAACCGUCCAGCACAAAGAGGCCAAGUUUCUACAGAGACUACUGCCUGGAUACUACAUGAACCUGAACCAGAACCCACGUACGCUGCUGCCUAAAUUCUACGGCCUGUACUGCAUCCAGUCUGGGGGCAUCAACAUCCGCCUGGUGGUGAUGAACAACGUGCUGCCGCGCUCCGUCAAGAUGCACUACAAGUACGACCUGAAGGGAUCCACCUACAAGAGGCGAGCAUCCAGGAAAGAGAGAGAGAAGGCCUGUCCCACCUACAAAGACCUGGACUUCCAGGACAUGCACGAGGGCUUGUACUUUGACGCGGAGACGUACAACAACCUGAUGAAGACGCUGCAGAGAGACUGUCGGGUGCUGGAGAGCUUUAAAAUUAUGGACUACAGUCUGCUGCUGGGUGUGCACGUCCUGGACCACAGCCAGAGGGAGGGGGGCGAGCCCGGCCAGGCGGGGGGUGACGGGAGAAGGCCUGUGGGUCAGAGGGUCCUCUACUCCACUGCCAUGGAGUCCAUCCAGGGCGACGGCAAGGCUGCUGAAGCCCUCACCACAGAUGAUACGAUGGGUGGCAUCCCUGCCAAAACACACAAAGAGGAAAAGCUGCUUAUCUUCCUGGGUAUCAUAGAUAUUCUACAGUCAUACAGGUUCAUUAAAAAGUUGGAGCACUCAUGGAAAGCCCUGGUGUACGAUGGCGACUCUGUCUCGGUGCAUCGGCCCGGGUUUUAUGCCAACCGCUUCCUCAAGUUCAUGAGCACAAGGGUCUUCAGGAAGACUCAGCCUAUUCGGUUCUCCCCUUCAAAGAGGACUCGCACGUCCAUUCCGGCUCUGAAGUCGUCCUCUCAGGAGAUCCUCUCGUCGCAGCUGGACGACAAGAGUGAGGAGAAGGAGAGGAGGGACCGGCUGGGAGGAGCUCGCAGCCUGGCCAGUCUGGAUGGACAAGCGGUGUUUGGUUCGUACCUGCGUCCUGACCUGGUCCCUGCCACCCCGUCCUUCUACGAGGGCUCCUCCAUGGGAACCAUCUCCACUUCCUCCAUCUUUGUAAACAUGGACAACCAAACUGAGGAGAGAGAGGACAUGGCCUCCAGUUCCACAUUUACUCUGGAGGACAGCGCCAUUUGCCUCACCUCGGAGCAGAGCACUAUGGAUGUGGACAUAGACCGCGACGAUGGAUCUGUUCUUGAUGUCUACUUGUGAAAAGAGCAGCUUCACGACCUUCAUUUCCUACUGCGUUUUACUCCUGCCAAUCAUCAGACAAUCGCCGCACUCCACUGGACAGGCCACACCGGCCUCUGACUCCACUUCUAGCGCUGCUAGAUCCACCUUGCCACUUGUAUUGCCAAAACAUAAAAAGGACCGAGAUGCUCCCCCGGUUGAUGGACUAACAGAACAGAAUCGCAGCGAUGGACAUCCACAGGAUCAACACGACAUUCCAUCAUACUGUAAUAAUGUGAUGAACAUCAGGCUGAAUCGAGUGCCGCUUCUUAGAGCAUGUGUCAGCGCAGUGCCAUUAUGUUUUAUAUACGUAUACUAUUUUCAUGGCCUACACAGAGAUAUUUAGAUUAAGUAUACAAUAUAUGAGGAGAAAACAGAUACACAGCACACAUUUCUUUAGUUUUUUUUCUGCAGAUCAGGAAAAAAAAAAGACUGACUUCAAAAUUCGCAGCUGCUUUUAGUUGCUGGUUGGAUGAGAAAUGUUUACAGUGAAUUUACUAUCCCUGGUGACGCGGGACGAGACAGCGUCACAGACCGAGCAGGAUCCGGCUUGGAGCCACAGCCGAUGGUGGAUGAGGAACAAUAUGAACAAACUGGUUCAGCGAGCAGAAUGGAGGCACUGAGGCCAAACGCAAACUGACGUGGUCAAGGUGGCCGCCUCAUCCCGACUCGGCUGGUUAGUGGUGCCACGCUGAGACGAACCCAAAGUUUCAUAAGCACUGGCAAAGGGCUGCUGUAAAGUGCGGUGAGGAGCGACAGCCUGAGUUACUGAACGGUGGAUGAAGCACAGAGCAGAAGGUCGAUGCACUCGCUCUUGACAAACAGCACUUUCGAUGUUGGUUAUAAUUACUGUAAGAAAUAUUUUCUCCGAGGACGUUUGGUUUUAGGUGGGUGGGCGGACCACCCAACGCAAGCACAGAUUUGGACGAGUGAAUAUGCACAUUCUUUUUUUUUUUUUUUACAUAUGCACACCUCUGUAAGUCAAUGCUAGUACAUGUUCACAGACAAUGGGACUCUUGUAGAUCAUUUUGUUGUGGAGCUACUAGUGUCGUGAGGUUUGUGUCAUGACUGAAGAUGCUUUUACUCAGGAUAUCCUUUGAUACUGAAUAAGCGUGUCCUCUUGAAGAAGUUGGAAGACCUGCAUCCCCACACUUUGAAGCUGUCUGAUAGCUCUUCAUCAAGACCAUAUCCGACUUGUGUUGUUGAACUUCAAGAUCGCACCUGUGUCAGUUCAGACCAUAAUUUAUUAUAUAAAUCUCAAUAACUUUACCAUUUGCUGAAACAAAUUUAAUCGCUGAAUGUAAAGACAAUAUGUAUUUAUAUAUAGAAGAGACUCCUAUAAAUAAACUGCUAAAAUUCAA